AACAAUAACGGCCGGCAUUCGCUGCACUUCCGUUGCCCAUGACACCGGAGCAAAGUUCUGACAGCUGAUCCUCCACUCAGCUUACACCCCGAAACCCUGAAACCCUAAAACCAUCAUUUUAAAAACUAUAUAACUUACAGUCUGACGUGCCUCAGUCAGUCUCCGGCUGGAGUUGCAGACGGCGCCUUGAACAGAGGAGGGCAGCCGAUUAUGGUGUAGCAAGGAGCGCUAGCAGGCAUUUGAGCAGCAGCGCAGUGCAGCGUGGGGGCAGACCGAGGCAGAUCACAGCAGCGUAGCCAUGCUUACAUUGGCCAGUAAGCUGAAGAGGGACGAUGGAGGAAAGACGGGCCGUGCCUCCGGAGCCUCCGACUCCACCCACAGGGUCUCCAUAAGGGACCGCCUCCUUACCAAAGAAGUUGCAGAACUUGAAGCCAAUCUCCCUAGUACGUGCAAAGCCAAUUUCCCAGAUGAGGACAAACUGCAUCAUUUUCAGCUGGCAGUGUCUCCUGAUGAAGGUUACUACCAAAGUGGAAAGUUUCAGUUUGAAAUAGACGUCCCAGAAGCCUAUAACAUGGUGCCUCCUAAAGUGAGAUGUCUGACCAGAAUAUGGCAUCCUAACAUAACAGAGAAUGGAGAGAUCUGCUUGAGCUUAUUGCGGGAACACUCUAUUGAUGGCACAGGCUGGGCCCCCACCAGAACAUUAAAGGACGUGGUCUGGGGAUUGAACUCCUUGUUUACUGACCUGUUGAACUUCGAUGACCCAUUGAACAUUGACGCAGCAGAACAUCAUCUGAGAGACAAGGAGGAUUUUCGGAAUAAAGUUCAAGAUUACAUCAAGCACUACGCCAGAUGAUAGAAGCACCGGCUACCUACAUCAGCCUGCACCAACCAACCAACCAAACUGCUCUACCUUGCCUCUGCUUAUCUUGGCCAACUCCCCCCGAUGUGCGUGAAUCAGCAGCUGACUCUUUGACUCAUAACUGCUCUCCUCCUCUUGAUACCACUGCCCCACCAAUGCCCCCCCCCCCCCCGCCCCUCCCCUCCUCUGUUCACCCAGUCGCAAUAAACUCCACAUUGCAGGAACAAAAUAAAAAAAAAAAAAGAAAAAAAUGAUGUGUUUGAAGAAGGACUUAACUCAACAAAAGAAAAUAUGCUUUAAUUAUCCUAUUUGAGUGUUACGAUGACCACAAUUCAUUGUGGUAAGAUCACUGAAUGAUGCCGCCUCGCUGAGGUGUCCCUGAGCCUGUCGGAAAUGAACGAAGGUAAGGGAUGUGAUGAUUCAGUGGCGUUAAAAAAAAAAGAAAAAAAGAUCUAAUCUAAAAAAAAAAAAAAAGACUAAAGAAGUUACAUUUAGCUGUUUUAAAAUUUGACAAAUUAAGAGAAAGAAAAUGUUACUAUCAGUUCUCUUUUCCAGUGCCUGCCAUGUAUGUGUUGCUAAAGAGAAAAUGCAUGUGAGUUCACAGACAUACAGACGCGGUGUCCCAUCCUGUGGUAUAAGACAUAACGCAUAUACACAUUGUCGUACACUUGUCUAUUACUCACACACACACACACAUAUAUACACAUUCACGUUGGAAAUCCUACAGCCCCAAGCCCCACUAGACAGCAUGUGAAUGACCAGUACCAUAUCGUCCCAUUCUGUUGUCAUUGUCCCUGCAUGUUCACAUACACAAACACACACACAAACACACAUGCACACACUCAUGCUCUCAUACAGACCCUCUGUGUGUUUUCAGCUCCAUUUGGAUAAAGUUGAGAUAAAACUUUACCACAGCCAAAUCUAUUGAACUCUAUUUUCAGCUUCACCUCCUCUCUAUCUCUUCUCUACACACACACACACACACACACACACACACAGUCACAUAUACCUGUUUCCAUGGAGGAUGGAGAGGUUUAUUCACACUUACCGUACAAUGCAAUCAGAAAGUAUUAAGAUAGCGACAGUCAUUUUUUUGUUGUGUUGGCUCUGAGACAAGGUUUCAGCUUCAUUUGAGGUUGUUUACAUCCACAUCUGAUUGAACAUUGUUGUUCUUUUUAAAUUAAGUGCCCCAAUUUUAGGGGACAAAAAGUAACAGAACAGGUGAACAUCAACAGUUUGAUUGAGGUCAGAUUACCGAACAAUCCAGUUUGGCUACAACAAAGCCUUUAUGUAUCAUUAGUAUCAUUGUCCCGCAGUAUUCUCCUAAAAUUGGGGGAGUAGUUACAAGAGGACCUACACUGUUAUACAGAUGUGAACACCCAGAAAGCUGAAGGUCAGCGCAUAGAUGAUUUACAUCCAAUGUGUUGGAGCACAGAGCCAAAACAAUAGAAGAUAUUUAUCUGUCCUAAUAUUUGACGACUGCACUGUAGAGUACCCUCUCGUUCUGGUUGCUGUGGGAGAUUUCACAAGCUAUGCUAUAGAGCUUAUCUUUCUAGAGAGACGGUACUCCUGAAGUCUCUCUCUCUCUCUUUGUGUGUAUAUGUAUUUUUUUUUUUUUUUUAUUGUAUGGUUGUGUGUGGAAAACUCAGUGGCAGAGGUUCUGAUUUACUCUUGAGAGAUGCUGCAUAUGUCUUUGUGUGCUUUUGUCAAUUCGGAACAACUGGAGGUGCCUACAAGUUAGAUAUCAGGCUAAACAGCUUGUGAGCAGACUAGCGGGCUAACAUGCUAGCGGUACUAGCGAGCGUGCUUACUAGGUAGUGAGUUUUCUAGUUAGCUAGCAGGAUAACAAGCGAAUGGUUUUCUGCCAGUCAGUGCAAGAGACACUUUCUUUUCAUCACGUGUGUGUAGAUUAUACAAAAUGGCAGGCUAGCCAACAACAGACCUUCACAGUUGUAGUGUAGCUAGGUCGCCACCAAAAAGUGUCUGUGAAUAUAAAGACGUAGCUCACUUGGUAGCCAGUUGGCAUUCUUGCAAGUGAAUUAGCUUGUUCGCUACAGUGCUAAUUAACUCCCUCGCUAGCUAGUUAGCUUGCUAGUUAAAGGUAUACUGUGCAGGAUUUUAAUAAAAAAACAAUGUAUAGACUCAUACAAAAGUAAUCCCUCUUAAUUAUCACUUAUGAGCGACUAGAAGUGUAUUUCUGUGUGUGGUGUAUUUAUCUGCAGAGACCUUCCCCUCUGCCUGUAAUAAUUUUUCCUGCUUCUCUGUCUCCCUCCUCUGCUGCGUGCAGAGUGCUGCUGUUUGACCGACACACACACACAGCAGAAAGUGGGUGUGUUUAUUCGCGCUUUACAAUGUAACCACCGUGAAACAAUCAGAAAAUAACAUUUUAUUACUCUGAUUCACAGCUUCCUUCUCGCCAGCACCCGCUCACUCUUCUCAUUCACUCUCUAGCUCGCCCGACCACAGCUCUCUCUCUCUCUCUGUCUCGCUCUCUCUUGCUCGUUAGGGGGAGGAGGGGCCAACUUUGAAUGCUGUUUGUUUACAAACACCAACUGACAAUUCCUGCACAGUAUACCUUUAAUUUGCGUAGGCGGCGCGAUUCCAUUGCUAAAUUGAGUAGUGCUCUAGACUGCACGACUCCGGGGAUUUAGAGCAAAACGGAUAACUGUCUUUUUGAACCUCUGCCAUUGUGGAAUUUGGCCAAUAUAGAAGCAUGUUUGUGUGUGUGUGUGUCAGUCAGUCAGUCAGAGAUGGGGAGAAAGACCGCAUCACUCGAUGAGCCAGUGAGGGUCCAGUGUGCGUAUGUGUAUGUGUGUGUGUGUGUGUUUUUGCUUGGCUCUAGCUAGCGUUGUGCCUCCAGUUUGAAUCAUUAUCUCUGAGCAUCAAGUCUGUUCUCACUCCAUUCAGCUUUGUGUUCACAUGUCUGCAUGAGGCAAAGUCUAUGUGAUCUGCCAGCAGUGCAUUUUACUAAGGAUGUCAGAAAUGUAAUUGUUGAAGAUUAAAAAUUUUAUGUUUGAGGUUUUUGCGUAUGCGUGCGCGUGUGAGUGUUAAGACUGAAAUUCUUGUGCUUGUGGAGUGUGUGUGUGUGUGUGUGUGUGUGUGCGAGUGUGUAGGCAGUUACAGUAUGAUGUGUUGAAACAAUGUGAUUUGUUAGCAUGCUCUGGCUCCCUCUCGCCCCUCUUUCCUUUUUUUUUUUUUUUUUUUUUUUUUUCCUUGUUAUUCCGGCCCAGGGUUCAACAGCUCAAAUUAUAAUUGUUUUCCAAGUGAAAACAAACAACAACAGAUGACACUGGCCUCUGCUAAAAUAAAGGACCUGAGAAUAUGACCAAGCAAAUGUGACUGUGGGGUUUUUUCCCAGCAUUUUACCCAGCGUGGUUUCGGUCCAGUCAAACCUUGAAGGCUAAACUAACUGCCUGUUAAAAUGAAGCCAUCAUGAGUAAUCACCAUGACAGUUGAUUUUUUUUAGGGUAGCGUUUGCCUCCAGGAUACGGUAGCCCAAUACUUGCAGUAAUCUUAGCCUUACUAAUUCUCCGAUGUUUGCUUGUAUGCCCUUCAUUUUGGCAGUGAGCAGUGUUUUUUUUUUCUUUUGUUUUGUUUGUUUUGUUUGUUUUUUUUUUGUUUUUUUUUUCCCAGGAUGUUAUUGGGAAAUGUCUGCUUGAGCUAGCUCCAUCUUGGGGCCAGGACAGAAGAUUGACAACCUGUUCUUCUUCAAAUCCUCAACCGUUUCUUUCUCAGAUUGUAUAUCCAUUUUUUAAGAUAUAUUAAAGAGAAUAUAAAUGAAA